AUGUUAUUUCCUAGUGAGGGAGAGUUGACGGGACCUGACUGUCAACUCUCUGGUGGUCCUGUAGAGUUGACGGGACCUGACUGUCAACUCUCUGGUGGUCCUGUAGAGUUGACGGGACCUGACUGUCAACUCUCUGGUGGUCCUGUAGAGUUGACGGGACCUGACUGUCAACUCUCCGGUGGUCCUGUAGAGUUGACUGGACCUGACUGUCAACUCUCCGGUGGUCCUGUAGAGUUGACGGGACCUGACUGUCAACUCUCCGGUGGUCCUGUAGAGUUGACGGGACCUGACUGUCAACUCUCCGGUGGUCCUGUAGAGUUGACGGGACCUGACUGUCAACUCUCUGGUGGUCCUGUAGAGUUGACGGGACCUGACUGUCAACUCUCUGGUGGUCCUGUAGAGUUGACGGGACCUGACUGUCAACUCUCCGGUGGUCCUGUAGAGUUGACGGGACCUGACUGUCAACUCUCCGGUGGUCCUGUAGAGUUGACGGGACCUGACUGUCAACUCUCCGGUGGUCCUGUAGAGUUGACGGGACCUGACUGUCAACUCUCCGGUGGUCCUGUAGAGUUGACUGGACCUGACUGUCAACUCUCCGGUGGUCCUGUAGAGUUGACGGGACCUGACUGUCAACUCUCUGGUGGUCCUGUAGAGUUGACGGGACCUGACUGUCAACUCUCUGGUGGUCCUGUAGAGUUGACGGGACCUGACUGUCAACACUCCGGUGGUCCUGUAGAGUUGACGGGACCUGACUGUCAACUCUCCGGUGGUCCUGUAGAGUUGACGGGACCUGACUGUCAACUCUCCGGUGGUCCUGUAGAGUUGACGGGACCUGACUGUCAACACUCCGGUGGUCCUGUAGAGUUGACGGGACCUGAUUGUCAACUCUCCGGUGGUCCUGUAGAGUUGACGGGACCUGAUUGUCAACUCUCCGGUGGUCCUGUAGAGUUGACGGGACCUGACUGUCAACUCUCCGGUGGUCCUGUAGAGUUGACGGGACCUGACUGUCAACUCUCUGGUGGUCCUGUAGAGUUGACGGGACCUGACUGUCAACUCUCUGGUGGUUCUGUAGAGUUGACGGGACCUGACUGUCAACUCUCUGGUGGUCCUGUAGAGUUGACGGGACCUGACUGUCAACUCUCUGGUGGUCCUGUAGAGUUGACGGGACCUGACUGUCAACUCUCUGUGGUCCUGUAG